AUGUCUUUGCCAGCACCUCAGCCUGCUCUCGACGCUGCUGAACAUGACUUGGCUGCAAUCUCCUUGGCUGUCACGAAGAAGCUACCCAUUGGACAGAAGCCAGAACCCCGUGGUCAGCCAGAAAUCUGGGCAGAAAGUCGACACCAUCUUUGCGAGAGUCUCAGCGGGCUCUAUGCAUCCUGGCAAGGCUCUUACUACGGGAAAAGCGGUGUCGCUAAAGCGUUCAUGCUUGAUGGCAAUGGCCACGCGAGAGAUCAUCUCGAUGAAAACGUCAUUGUCCUACGUGCUAGUGGCAGCAUGGCAAAAGACGGUGACAACGGCAUGAAACAGCGUGAAGACCAGGAGCCCAAUCAUCAAUACCACGCCAUGGUCAAUGCCAUCAACCAGCAAAGUCCUGUCGCGGUCAUUUGUGGCGACAAGAACAGCCAAGUGCCUAGCAAGAUGCCACACAAGUACAACUCUCUCGACUGGUACAAGGUCACUCAUGUAUGGACCGAGCGAGACAGGUUCAACGUCAUCAAGUAUCGUCUUGAGAAGCUCGAGUCGGCUACUACUGGAUGGUGGGUUCCCAGGGACUCAGAACCAGUGGUCGAGCUCGGGGCGCUUGGGUCACCUGUCAAAGCACACUGUGGAUCAUGCAGCAGCAAUUACGACCAGAUUUAUCUGUGUGGUUGGAUGUGCCUCAACAGUAAAUGUGAGAAGUUCUGGUGUUUGCCCGAUGGCGAUACGCCCGAUCCUGCACAACUGAUAUAUGAUCUUCGCUUUCUAAAGCAAAAGACCUCUUGGGUCAACGAACAGGCUCCCAUCAGCUUCCGCUUCCCUUUGUAUACUGCUUCUGCCAUCGCGGGUGAAGAUUACAAAGUAGAAAAUUUGCGCGGUAUGACUUGUCCUGAAUGCGGAAAAUGCAAUGCGCGUGUCAAGUGGGAGGGCUGGGAAUGCACAGGCUGCGGCUUUGAGCACAUGCCUAGGAUCAAUCCCUUGCCCGCAGCGUCGAUCCAGGAUCAGAACUACCCAGUCACGGAUGCUUACCCCUCGUCGUACGACUCUGCCCUUUCACACGUCAAGCUCUCGGUCGAGUUCUCGCACAACUACCGCUGGAUUACUUACAAGUUCAAUGUCUCGGCUACUGAGGAAGGCGAAGUCGUCCAUGGUAUUGCGAACAGAGUUGUUCGCGAAGAGACCGGAGGUCCCAAUGAAAUGUGGGAAGACCUCCAGACUAACUGCCACGGGCUGGUACGCAGAGAGUUGUCGAACGCUCUCAUGAACUCCUUUACCAUCAAUUAUGGUAUGCCAUACAAGUUCAUUGCCGCAGGAGAGAGUCUGCCAUUUACAGAUGCGCCCUGGCCAGUCACUGAAGCUGUCUCACGCCUGAAUUGGGCCGACAGAAUGACUUCUGGAACCGCUGUCAAAGACCAAGAAAACUUCAACGAACUAUAUCUGGUCGCGUAUCUCCAAGACCAGUCCAUGAGCUACCAUGACGAUGGAGAAAAAGGACUUGGGUCCACAGUUGCCACCCUCUCCCUCGGUGGCCGAGCUGAGAUGAACUUCAGGCCCAAGUCACCUUUCUAUCAUGGCAUGAAGACGAUUCACUACAAGAAAAAGAGAAUGACUGUCAUGACCAAGGAUGAUCCACUGCCCGAGUUCCCCAACUAUGAAAUGCGCAAGCAGUUCCUUACAGAGAUUCGAAAUGGCAAUCUGUCUGAGGACGAAGAACACGAAAGGCUUGCCGAAAUGGCCACUGCACUUCGCGCAGCCUACCCAUCCAAGCAAAGCCACACCAAGGUCGAUGACUACAUCAAGCUCUCACUCGGUCACGGAGAUAUCGUUAUCAUGCGCGGCGCCCAUCUUCAAAAAUACUACGAGCACGGCGUCACCCCCAAGGGCCUCAUGCGUUAUGCUUUGACAUGCCGUACCGUCCUGCCUGGACAUUUGAAGGAGUCUGAACUGCCCAACUACGAAGUUGACCUUACUCAGAACGAAUACGAUGGCAGCCGAAUUGCCAAGUGA